AUGCGAGUGAGGUAAGUAAAUUUAUGGUAAUGCCCGUACAGUUUUUAAAAGCAUGUUUUGAUUUGUUUUUGAAGUGGUGGCGGGACUAAACCCGUUUUAUACAAAAGAAAGUAUGAUUGAUUUGAAGUGAAAUUUUUACGCUUUUCAUUAAAUUGAGCAUGCCUACUUGAAAUUUAAUUAAUUGUCCUGACGAUUUGAAAGUGAUUGGUGAAUUAUGAUUUUUCUGUUAACUUCUACCUGUUUUGUCUCCAAUGUGGUCAUGUUAUUAGUGACCCUGCUAGUGGGGGUUAAACGCUAGCACAUGUUGACAUGUUACUGAUAGAACCGAAGCGAAACCGAGGACGGGGAAACCACGGGAAGUGACGAGUUAGAAGGCUAGCCAUCUCGUAAAUUGAGCAUAGAUUUAGAUAUAAAUUAUGAUCUUGUAAACUCGAGUGUAUUUGGAGAUUUUAUGAUAUCAGAGCAGAUUUUAAAAUUUUAUCUUCAGAUUUUUGUGGUAUCAGAUUGUGAUAUGAUAAGUUCCGAGCCUUGUGCAUUUGUGGGACCCUUUCACGAGUGCACGGCGUCUGUCGCGUCCCCGGAUAUGGGUUCUGGGGCGUGACAAAUUUUGUGGUAUCAGAGCUUAAGUUAAAUUAAGAGUUUUGGAUUAAAUUAAGCACCUCCAGAUUGAGUGGCAUCAAAGCAGAUUGAGUGGUAUCAGAGAUUAAGUUUAAUUAAAUACGUUUAAUUGAAUACCUAGGAUUUAUUUAGAACUUGGCUAGCCAGUGGAUUUUAGAACCGUGGUGAGAUGAGUGAUAGGGUUAUGUAAGGGACGAUUCUGAUUUAUAUUCCCUGAAGUUUCUAAUCCAUUUUGAUGAGAUGGUAAUCUUAUUGUUCUUGUUUCUUGCCUUCAUACCCUGUGUAAAUUCAUGAAAUUAAUCUUGUCUGCCAUGUUCUUAAGACCUUGUUUUGAAACUUGGUCAUUUUCUGAUAGUCUGCACUUGUUUAGACUUGUUACGUGAAUAGAAUUUUUGUGUGCUCUUUUGCCACCAUUGUAAAAUCUAAGGAGUUGCAGAGAUCUUUUGUUAUUGAUCCUGUUGGUCUCUACCACAUAGCUAGUUGAGAAAUUUGUUCUGUUUGUCACAUGAUCAGUGGAAGAUGGGCAACCCUCUAAUUUGUAAGAGAUUCAAGGCUAUUUUAGCAAAUAUUGUGUGCUUUCUAGAUGCGUUUUAGAAGUUGGAUAACUUGGUAAUUCCGUUGCUCAUUAUCUUUUUGAAAGUCUUGUAGUGAAAUUUCACUUUUUCCAUUUGGAGCUUCAUGGUCUUUUCAUGUGGCUCAUUUUUCUAUAUUGGUUAAUCAAAAACAAUGAUCAUUCAAUUGAAAUUGCCUUGUUUUUGUGAAGAUUGGCAAGUUGUCAUAAAGUUAAACUCUCUAUUGUUGCUAAUCUUUACAUUCUUGAUACCUGAAAUUGCUUGAAGCUCUUGAAAUCCAUCUUGAAUCUUUCUUGGGAUUGCUUUGUACUUGUUCUUGAAACUGAAAUCUAGAAAUGGAUAAUGAUUAUUAAAAUCCUCAUUAUCCU